GGCUCGGGCGCACCGGAAGCGCAGGGGGAUGGGGCGGUGGUGACGCUAUUCUGUCCGCGUUGGAGGGGCCGGGCCGCUGCUGGAGUCGCCGCGGCCGCCGCGUGACGUGGCACAGACAGAGCCUAAAGGCUAGAGCCGGAGCUGCCGCGCCAGUCGCCUAGCAGGUCCUCUACCGGCUUAUUCCUGUGCCGGAUCUUCAUCGGCACAGCGGCCAGCGAGACGUACCUGCCUCCCUCUUUCUUCCUCCGCUCUUUCCCUUUCCUCUUUAGUUUGCCUCGGAGCUUGAAAGGAGAAAGCACGGGGUCGCCCCAAACCCCUUCUGCUUCUGCCCAUCACAAGUGCCACUACCGCCAUGGGCCUCACUAUCUCCUCCCUCUUCUCCCGCCUAUUUGGCAAGAAGCAGAUGCGCAUUUUGAUGGUUGGAUUGGAUGCUGCUGGCAAGACAACCAUUCUGUAUAAACUGAAGUUAGGGGAGAUAGUCACCACCAUUCCUACCAUUGGUUUUAAUGUGGAAACAGUAGAAUAUAAGAACAUUUGUUUCACAGUAUGGGAUGUUGGUGGUCAAGAUAGAAUUAGGCCUCUCUGGAAGCAUUACUUCCAGAAUACCCAGGGUCUUAUUUUUGUGGUAGAUAGCAAUGAUCGUGAAAGAAUUCAGGAAGUAGCAGAUGAGCUGCAGAAAAUGCUUCUGGUAGAUGAGUUGAGAGAUGCAGUGCUGCUACUUUUUGCAAACAAACAGGAUUUGCCAAAUGCUAUGGCCAUCAGUGAAAUGACAGAUAAACUAGGGCUUCAGUCUCUUCGUAACAGAACAUGGUAUGUUCAAGCCACUUGUGCAACACAAGGAACUGGUCUGUAUGAAGGACUUGACUGGCUGUCAAAUGAGCUUUCAAAACGUUAAAUGAAAUUGGAUAUCUAACCAAGGACAUGUUUGAUAAAAUUGGUCUAGGCUUGUUACAACAAAAUUAGUUUGUAUCUUGGUUAUUAAACAGUAUCUGGGACUGGUUUGGGCAGAAUAUUAAACUUAUUUUGUUGCCAAUUAUUGUUUACCAAGUAUAAUGUUGCUAUUUAGCAAUGUGCUUGGUUUUAAAGAAAUUCUCCUUGGGAAAAAAGUAUCCUCUUUUAAUUUUACUUCCCAUAAGUGUAAAUGCCUGGACAUAGCUCUUGUGAAACCUUUAAAUAAAUUGUUUUGAGUGUUUUUUGAGCCCCAGACAAAUAAUGUUUUAAAGUUAUCCCCUUGCUACUUUACUGAUACCUUUAUCAUUCCUGAGACAGUUUGCUAAUUUAAAAAUGUAGCAUUCCAUUUGUAUUUAUUUCUCUCCCUUGCCAAAAAGAUUUUCUAAUACUGCUUGUACCAGCCAGAGAAAGAUCCAAAACACUACUCAGCUCUCUUGCACUGAGGAAAUUUUUCCCCCUACAUUGACUCCUGGCCUACAUCAGCCAAACUUAACCAUGGCGGGGUUUGGAUUUGAUAGCUAAUUAGUUCUGUGCUGGUUGCAAAGAAUUGAUAUUUAGAUGGUUUUUAAUACUCAGCAGAUUGUCUUCCUUUAUAUUGUGUCUUUUUUAUGUUGCAUGUUGCUUUUGUUAUCAGCCUGAUUUUUUGCUCAGUAUAUGAUAGUUCUGCUGAUGUUUUGUUUAUUGGGCAGACAUAUCUUAAGAGUUUUUGGAAAACUCAUCAAAUUCGAUGAAUACAUUUUCUUCAUAACCCAUUUGGAAUUAUUCCUAAUAAAAUGAUAAAAUACGUAA